AUGGCUUCAACUUCAACAAAAUCAUCAUCGUCAUCGUCGUCAGCGGCUGCAGAAAACACGCAAGAGUAUACGUCAAUCAUUUCCUCCUGGCUCCUCCCACAACAAAAUUACCCGCAAACAGAUCAUUAUCACUACCAGCCCUCAGUUAUAUUUUUAACUCAGGGUAUUCCCAAAAAAUAUGACGUCACUGGUGGUCCCCGCACGCCAUUGGCUGGUACGAAUUUGACUGGUAACCAAUGGGAAGAGGAGAAUACUACUGCUACUACUACUACCUAUUUUACUAACAAUAAUAAUAAUAACAUCAAUAAUGAUAAUAAUAAAAUAAAUAAUAAAAUUAACAUUCUCAAUUAUAUUGUUAGCAAGAGAAAGAUGGGCUUGAUAGUUAAUUUUGAUUGGCUGAAAAAUUUGGAUCGUAAUGAUAACGAUGUCUUUAGUACUAAAAAUAGUAAUACUACUACUACUACAAUUAAUACCACCGCUACUACCACUACUACUACUACUAUUACGACUGCCGCCACUGUCGUUACUACCGGCACUACUACUACUACUACUAAUACUACUAAUACUAUUAGUGAUAUUAACAUUAACAGAGUUGAUAAUGAUAAUGAAAAAUCUAAAAAUAGUAAUGAGAAAAAAAUAGACGCAGAGGAAAAUUUAAAAAUAGAAACUGGAAAAUCCCCAUUUAAAAUGCUCCACGACGAAUUUAACUUCGACAUAACUAAUUACAAAUUGUUGAAAGGCGGUCAUGAUGAUGAUGAUGGUAUUGUUGGGGGUGAUGAUGGUGAUAGGGGCGGUAAUGAUGAUGAUGAUGUUAGGAUUAGUUCAGCAGCAGCGUUUCAUCACGACUAUAAAAACGUUGGUGAACUAACUAACGAUUACGUUAAUGUCAGUGUCAGUUCUCGCAACAACAACAACAACAAUAACAAAAGUAAUGAUAAUGAUGACGACGACGACGAUAAUGAUGAUGGUAAUAGGCGAGCAUAUGGAAGCGGCGACUUUGAGUUGUUGGUUAAUUUUGAUCAAGAUGACGACGACAACAACAACAAUAACAACAACAAUAACAAUAAUAAUAAAGACGGUGGCGAUGAUGAUGACGACAACGAUGAGGAUGGCCGAGUGGAUUAUCAACGGCUGCUUUUUAAAAAGUCUCUAGACAUCGGAGAUAAAAAUAAUAAUAAUGAUAAUGAUAAUGAUAAUAAUAAUAAUAAUAAUAAUAAUACUGUUACUACUAGUACUGUUACUAAUAACAUUAAUAAUAAUAACGACGACGAUGAUGAUGAUGAUUUCGAUGUUGAUAGACUGAAGGAAAGACUGGAUGAGAAAGAUGGAAGGAGUGAAGGAAACUUACCUGUGAACCUCAUCAGCUACUACUCCAUAACACAGAAGAGCCAAGAAGACGACGAUGAUGAUGAUGAUGUUGUUGCUAGUGGGGCUGAUAAUGAUGUCAAUAUUAUUGUUGGUUAUGAUGAUGAUGAUGGUGGUUUUGGUGGUCGUGAGAAUAGUGGUACUGCUACUACUACUACAACUGCUGCUACCUUUGCUGGUGCUGCUACUACUACUACUAAUGAUGAUAAUAAUAAUAAUAAUAAUAAUGAUGAUGAUGAUGAUGAUAGUAAAAUGAUGAAAAGAAGAAAAAAGAAGAAGAGAAAGAAAAGGAGGAAUGAUAAUUACGGGAGUUACGACAUUGCGAAACUUACAUACGAUGACGAUGAUGACGACGAGUAUGACGGUGAUGAUUAUGAUGAUAAUGAAGAAGAAGAUGAUGAUAAUGAUGAUGCUGUUGUUGUUGAUGAUGAUGAUAAAAGUGAUUAUGGUGAUGAUGAUGAUGAUGAUGAACUUUUACGAAUCAAGGCGAAAGAGGUAACAGAAAUAGUUUUAAACUACGCUAAAAACAAUAAUAAUAAUAAUAAUAAUAAUAAUAAUAACAUUGAUAUUAAUAACUCGGGAAUUUCCCGGAAUUCUAAAAAUAAUCUUCGACUAAUUACAUCAUCAUCAUCAUCAUCACAACCGAAUCUCGGUAUCAUUAUCACGCCCGCCUCUCCAAUCGGUUCUGACGUCAUGAAUGACGAUAAUUGGUUUGGAGUUGUUGCUGAUGAUGAUGGCAAUAAUAAUAAUAAUAAUAAUAAUAAUAAUAAUAAUAAUAAUAAUAAUAAUGAUAAUAAUAAAAGCAAAAAUGACGACGACGAUGAUGAUGAUGAUGACAACGAUGACGAUAGGAAGAUCGUAAAAGAGGUAAAAGAGAUAAGUAUUGAUGAUGACGAUGAUCUACGAUGUUACGUCAUCACCAACAACAACAACAACAACCAUGACAACAACAUCGGCAGUAGCAGCAACAACAGCAACUACAACAUCACCAUUAAUGACAUCACCAUCAACAACAACUACUACAACACCAUCAUCUUCGUCAUCAACAACUACUGCAACAACUACAUCGUUGCCAACAUCUUUAUUCUCGUUGCCAACACAAACUGCAGCAUCAACAACAACUGCAACAACAACAACAUCAACAGUAACAGCAACAACCAACCCUCGCCAAUACCAUGGAAUUAUGUAAGCGAUGAUAAUUGGUUCGGAACGUUAAAGCAUGAUGAUGAUGACAAUAAUAAUUAUAAUAAUAACAUAAUAAUAUAUAAUAAUAUUAAUAAUAAUAAUGACGACGGUGAUGAUGAAGAUGAUGAGAAAUAUUCAUCAGAUGUAACUGCAGAAAUAAUUAAAGGUACUAAUACCUUUUCUACUACUACUACUGCAGCUACUACUACUACUGCUGCCACUACUACAGCUGCUGCUAUUUACAAUACUAUUACUACUACUAUAGAUAGCAAUGAUACCACUUCUAGAAAUACUACCACUGUUGGUAGUAUUGCGAAUUGGGAUGAUGAAAAUAUCGAGUUGAGUUCGAAAUUUUUCUCCAUUGAUGAUUGUAGUAACGACUACGCUAACGCGAACGAAAGCGCCUUAUUUGGAAGCGACUUGAGCGGCUUCUACGGCGACGAGACGAUGACGAUGAUGAUGACGUCACCGGAAGUUGUGUCGUCAUCAUCCGAGCCGAAGAUCGUGAAAGUAGCGAGGGAGGAUUUGCUGGAUAGUUCGGCGCUAGAUAAUUCGGUUUUGUUGUUUGAAAGAGGUGACGUCACUGAUGAGGAUGAUAACAAAGAUAAUAAAAUUACUCUGGAUGAUGAUGAAAAAGAUGAUAGUUUCAUAGCGAAACAAACAUUCCAGUACGCCAUCCACAGCUUGAAUGUAAAUUCUUUUAAAAUACUCCUUUGGACCAGAAGGUUCAUAAGGUUGUCCACCUUCGUCAAUUUUGGGGGGCCCGUCUUAUGCGCGGCAGUGAUGGGGCUUCUAUAUUAUUCUUUGCAGCUUUCAAAGUUACUUCAUGCCAAAAGCCAUUAA